UCUCAUUCUGGUAUGAAAACGUGUGAACUCAGGACUUUGGUUUUUCAUUCCCCCACAACCCAAUAACACAUCUCUCUCUCUCUCUCUCUCUUCUGGAGGGCGCCGCCACUUUUGGUGGUGGCACCACCACUGCACAACCUUUUUACUGCCUUGUCGAACUCAACCACCCAUUUUCACAUUGUCUGUCUCUCACUACAAAUAACCUACUCACUCAACCACUAUAAAUACUGUUACCUUAUUCCCAGCCCCACCUCUCUCCCUCACCCAUUUCCGCAAAUUCCUCGCCCUGUAUUUUUUUCGUUUCUCUCUCUCUCAAAUUAAGCAGGGGUUAGAAGCUAGCUAAUCUCUUUCUCAAUAUCGCCGCCGACGCGGCGUCGCCGUCAUUGUGAAGUGAUGGGGUCGGCAAGAGGAGGCGUUGCUUUGGUGGUUACAGCAUUUCUAUUGGCUGUUGGGUUUCCAACAUGUUUGUCAGCUUCAGAUAUCAACAGGGGCAGCUUUCCCAAAUAUUUCGUUUUCGGGACCGCAUCUUCUGCUUUCCAGUACGAAGGUGCGGUUAAAGAGGAUGGAAGAGGGCCUUCGAUCUGGGACACCUUUUCACAUACUUUUGGUAAGAUAGCUGAUUUCAGCAAUGCAGAUGUUGCUUUGGAUCAGUAUCACCGUUAUAAGGCAAGUCUAACUGUGCAACUUAUGAAGGACAUGGGACUGGAUGCUUACAGAUUUUCGAUAUCCUGGACUCGGAUUUUUCCCAAUGGAACCGGGCAAAUUAAUCAGGCGGGUGUUGAUUACUACAAUCGUCUCAUCGAUGCAUUACUAGCCAAAGGAAUUGAACCAUAUGUGACCCUCUAUCACUGGGACCUCCCUCAAGCCUUGGAAGAUAGAUACAACGGGUGGCUCAACCCUCAAAUCAUAAAGGACUUUGCAACGUACGCGGACACAUGCUUUCAAAAUUUUGGUGACAGGGUGAAGCACUGGAUCACAUUCAACGAGCCACAUACAUUUUCUGUACAUGGAUAUGCUUCGGGCCUCCAGGCACCGGGAAGGUGCUCUAUCCUGCGUCCACUCUUAUGCAGGUCCGGAAACUCUACAACUGAGCCUUACAUAGUUGCUCACAAUGUCAUCCUGUCUCAUGGAACUGUGGCUGAUAUUUACAAGAGAAAGUAUAAGUCAAAACAGCGGGGAUCGGUUGGGGCAUCAUUUGAUGUUAUCUGGUACGAACCAGAAACAAACUCAACAGAAGACGUCAUUGCAACUAACGUAGCCCAAGAAUUUCAGCUUGGCUGGUUUCUUGAUCCAUUUAUUUUUGGGGAUUAUCCAAGCUCUAUGAAAAGUAGGGUUGGGAGCCGGCUGCCAACCUUUUCCAAAUCCGAGUCUACUCUAAUUGAAGGGUCCUUGGAUUUUGUGGGCAUUAAUCACUACACUACCUUCUAUGGUAAAAACGAUACCAGGGAUUUAAUCGGAGGUCUACUUAACGGCAGCCUUUCAGACUCUGGUGCCAUUACCCUUCCAUUCAAAAACGGGAAACCCAUUGGAGAUAGGGCGAAUUCUAUAUGGUUAUACAUAGUCCCAGAGGGGAUGAGAAAAUUAAUGAACUACAUUAAGCAAAAGUACGGCAAUCCUCCAGUGAUUAUCACCGAAAAUGGCAUGGAUGACCCGAAUAGCCUGUUCAUUUCCCUCAAGGACGCUUUAAAGGAUACAAAAAGGAUUAAAUACCACCAUGACUAUCUUGCAAAUUUGCUAGCUUCAAUCAAGGAAGACGGCUGCAAUGUGAAAGGCUAUUUUGCUUGGUCUCUACUGGAUAAUUGGGAAUGGACGGCUGGAUUCACUUCUCGAUUUGGUCUCUACUUCGUGGAUUAUAAGGACAAGCUCAAGAGAUACCCCAAGGACUCCGUUCAAUGGUUCACGAAUUUCUUGAAUUCUACUCAAACAAGGCUAUGAUCAUCUGAAUUUCUGCACUUGCACCCGAACUCAUCGAGUACACGAGGGUUGCUGCAGUUAAUAACAUUAUGAUUCUAUCAAAAGAGAAACAUGAUUUGAAAUCACAAGCUUUUGGUUUAUGUUUGCAA